AUGCGGAAGGAUGGUCACACAGCAAGAGGUAAAUCUCAAUGCAGAACCGUGAGUGCUAAAAAAUACUACCACAACAAAACAAGAGCGCGAACGCAUGGUGCAGAAGUGACAGUUUUGCUUUUCUCCGACAAGCACGAUUUUCUUCUUGUGCAGGUACCUACACCUUCUCUCUUUUGCUAUAAAUGGCUUGAUUGCGCUAUUCUCAUCCUUACACACACACACACACACACACACACACACACACAUACACACAUACCGACGAUGUUGCUACAAGCGUUUGUUUCUGUUUUAGCACUUCCAGGGUCUCUAGCGCUUCCGCUAUUCGAUCAGAAGCCUCUGUUGCUGGCACCAUACGCGAGACCAAACGUGACACUCAUUGACGCCCAGAAAUUCGAGUUGUGGCUCGCUCAGCAGACUCAUCACGCCUUUGAGUCUGUCCUCGACAAUGUGGGACACCAAGGUAGCAACAACGGUCUUCCCGUAGGCGUUGUUAUCGCUAGUCCCUCUAAAACGGCCCCUGACUACUAUUACCAAUGGACUCGGGAUGCUGCCAUCACCAUGGACUCAGUUGUGCGGCGGUUCUAUGACCAGGCUAGUCAAGGUAUACUGAACGACACACUCAGCAACAUCAUCAUGGGAUACAUUGAGACUCAAGGCAUGUUGCAGCACGUCAGCAAUCCCUCCGGGUACUUUGACUGGAACAGACGUGUUGUUAGUGGUUUGGGAGAGCCUAAAUUUGAGACUGACGGCUCAGCAUUCACAGGGCACUGGGGUAGACCUCAGAAUGAUGGACCUGCACUCAGAAUUAAAACGAUCUCGCAUUAUAUUCAAACCCAGGUGGAGUGGAAUGAAACAGCUUCUCUCGACGACUAUGUGUAUAUCUACAAGUCUAUGAUCCUACCCGAUGUCGAGUACAUUCUACAGUAUUGGGAUCAGCCGACUUUUGAUCUCUGGGAGGAACUGGAGGGCUACCAUCUCUUCACUUCUCAAGUGCAGUUCAACGCUCUCAUUAACGUCGUGGAACUUGCAAGACAUUACUCAGAUCGAGAGACCGAAAGCAGAUGUACAUUCACUGCUGGAUCGAUUCGACAAUUCAUCAAGACACAUUUCGAGGCUGGUUCUCGGCUGAAUGCACAAUUUGAGCCCAGAAGUUUUGGAAGGUCGGGCCUUGAUUCCUCCAUAUUCUUGGCCGCUCUUGACUCGGUUAGAUGGGAGUCUAGCAUAGCUGCAGGUACAUCUCUCAAGCCCUACGACGAUCUUCUCAUUGCUACUAUCAUGCCUUAUGUGCACUCCUUCGACUACCCUAUUAAUCAUCAACGAUUAGCUGAGUUCGAGGAGUCUUUCCAGGAUGAAAAUCCUGGGUACGUCGCCGUUGGUGUUGGUCGUUAUGCUGAGGACGUCUACGAUGGAGUGGGAACCUCUCAUGGCAAUCCUUGGUUCAUCUGUACCGCUACCAUUGCAGAGACCAUAUUCUUCAUUGCUCACCACUUGGCCCAGCAGUCGUCUGAUUUUGUUCUUGAGAUCAAUAGUCUCACCAAGGAGUUUUAUGGUACGUUUGUGUCUUCUGACCGCAUUGCUAGAGACUCCGAAGAGUAUCAGCAUCUGUUGGACCGUCUCGUUGACCUCGGUGACUCGUUCUUGGAUGUCAUCAGAGAGCAUCAGGCUAACAAUGGAGAUAUGUCGGAGCAAUUCAAUAGAUACGAUGGGUUCAUGCAAGGAGCUGAGAAGCUGACAUGGAGCUACGGCAGUUUCUGGUCUGCUGUUAGAGCUCGCCAGGAAGUUAUCAAAGGGACCAGUGGGAGGAAAUGA